CUAAUAAUUCCACGUCAUGCAAGCCGCCUACCUACCAUCCGUGCACACCAGUCGCCGCGUCCUGCCGGCAAGCAGCCAAGCACUGUACAUAAAAGCAGUGUGUGCGCGUGCGCCCCAGCAAAAUUGCACACACACAUACACCCAAGUUCAAGUGUUCAACCCAGAGACUCAAUUGCCGAGAGGAAGAAGAGAUCGAGAAUCGAGAGACACUGGCCUCUCCUUUCCGUGUGGGGCACUCUGAUGCUUUCUUCCCCGCGCCCAUCUUCCAUCCAUGCAACAAGGAAUCGAAUUCUUAAUCCAACUUUUUCCAGAAAUAAUUUUCCUCGCACCAAUUCCUCUCCAUUUUUUUUUUAUUCUCUUUCUUUGACCAAGAUUGGUGAGCGAGUUGACAUAUAUACCCAUGGGGCCGCCGCCGCCUCCUCCACCUCCGCACGGGCUCUGUUUCGGCGGCGCCUCCUGGACAUGGGGAAUCGGGGAGCAGGGCCCGAGCACUGACGGGAUGGAGGGGAGCGGGGGCGGAGGAGGAGCCGGGCUCAGGUUCCUCCUCCAGUUCGAUCCGGAGAAGCCGGGGCUCGACAGGACCCUGCUCGGUGUCUCGCUCUCCACGCUGCUCACCCGCCUCCUCGGAUGGAGCAAGGACGGCGGCCGGGGGAGAGGGUCCCUGGCGAUCGCGGGGGAGGAAGCUGGUGGCAUCGGCGGCGGCGGGUCUGGGAACGCCGCCGUGUCCGCCGCCGCGCUUGCCGCGACGGUUUCGCUUUGCCUCGCGGCGGUGUACGCUUCUGACCAGCGCCCGCGCCGCGCUCCGCCGCCGCCGCCGCCACGGCGGAGGCGCCGGCCGCUGCCGGCGCCGGAUUCAGUGGAUUUUCGUGCAGCUGCCAGGCCUCGUGCUCUGCCGGCGCCCGACGACGGGCUCAGGAUUCUGUCGUCCAACGAUGAAUCUUUGGAGAACGUGAUUCACGGCGCGUCCGUCGGCGCCGGAGACGACGAGCCGGAUAUCAUCGCGCGAGUGGUGAUCGAGGCCACGCCGGCCGAAAUCGCUGGAGCGAAUGCCGACGACGGAACGGAGCCGGACGGGUCGGAGGAAGAAGAGCGGCAGGAGCUCGAGCGGCAGCGGGAGGAGCACGAGCGGCUGCGGGAGCUCUGGCUGUCGCUGCUGGAGCGGGAGCAGAGGCUGGAGCUCCGGCUGCAGGAGCUCGAGGGCCUCCGGGAGCAGGAGGCCACCGUGCGGGAGCUCGAGGGCCGCGUCGCCGCCGCCGCCACGGAGGAGCGGCUCCUGCAGCUGAAGGUCUCCACGCUGCAGGAGGAGAACGGGAGGCUCCGGGCGCAGCUGGAGGAGCUGGGCACGGCCCGCGGCGAGCUGGCGCGCGCCAAGGAGAAGCUGCGCGCCAUCAAGGCCCGGGUGCAGGCCGAGGAGGAGGAGGCGGCGGCGCUCCGGGCCAAGGUGGCGGAGCUGGAGAGGGGCGGCGCGGAGACGGCCGGCGCGCUGGCUGCGGAGAUCGCGGAGCUGCGGAAGGCGAACGCCGCGCUGGAGGAGGAGAACCUGGAGCUCGCCCUCAGGCUGCAGGAUGCACAGCAGGAUGGAUCCUCUGUUAAUCCAGCUCUUGAGGAGGACAUGGCUGAGGAGGCGAGGUACCUGAGGGAGAGCAACGAGAGGCUGACGAGGCAGAUCGAGCAGCUUCACAACGACCACUGCGCGCACGUCGAGGAGCUCGUCUACCUCAAGUGGGUCAACGCCUGCCUCCGCCACGAGCUCCGCGACCACGACGGCCGCCCGAGUACCGAGCAACCGGACCACGACGAUGACGGCGGCGGCGCCGGCGCCGGAGACUUGUCGGCCCUGGAGCUGAGCAGGAGCAUGAGCUUCCGCUCCAGCGAGAGGGCCAAGCAGCUGAUGCUCCGGUACGGCCACCCCGGCCUCGAGGGCUUCGACCCCGCCCUCUUCUCCCCGCUGCACGAGUCAGUCGACGGCGACGCGCGGUCGCCCGCGCGCAGCUACUACGAGCCCGACCGGAGCCCUUAUGCCAUGUCGGAGAAGACGAUGGCCGCCUCCGUCUCCGCCGGCGCCGCGACGCCAGGGAAGAAGGCCGGGCCGCGCAAGCUCAAGUUCCUGGGCAACAUCAAGAAGCUGCUCCCAGGCAGCAAAAGAGGCCACUCAAGCCACGGGCACGCCGGGCGCGACAGCAGCAGGAAGGCGCCGGCGACGCCGAGCGACGAGUACCUCGAUAAGGCCAUGCAGUGGCUGUCGACCCACGACGUGCUCGACGGCGACCACUCGUACGAGAGCACGCCGCUGUCGUCGUGCGCGCGGACGCCGCUGAGCAGCGUGACGACCGCCACGACCGCGGACUCGCGCGCCCGCGGCGGCGGCCACAGCGAGCGCGGGGAGGCGACGCGCCGCCCGGAGGCCGAGCCAACCAUGGCGCGGUCGAAGAGCGACGCCGGCAGGUCGUACGGGCGGGAGGCGAGCCGGUACCACGCGCUCCGGCCGGACCACCCGGCCUCCGGCGGGGUCGAGCCGGACGGGUUCCGCGCGCCGGAGAAGCGUGAGCCAAGGAGGCGGUCGGAGGAGCUGAGGAACCCGGCGGCGGCAUGAUGACGACAGUGAUGGUAUGCUGUAUGCAAAAGGUAGGGUUUUUUGUGAAUAUUUGUGAUCAAUGUUGAAGGGUGAACUUGGAUCGAGGAAGUGCCAUGGUGAUGAGUCGAUAAAAGAUGUAAGAGAAGAUCCGCGUCAUGUGUGGAUGAAUGAUGAUAACAACUUCUUGGGUCGCCAGAUCGCUGUGCAGCUGAUGUGAACAACUUCUGUGCUCUCAGCAGUCAGCACGCAGAGUCAUCUGGGCCAGAAUGUUUGGCCGGCUGUGCUUCUGAUCACCAUCCUCGGGGGUAUUUGGGAUGCUAGAAGUAAUUUCGUCUUCCGUGGUGAACCAUUCAUCACCAGGCGGGUGCUUGCUGUAGUUUGCAACUAUCUUGAUUGGGCGUACCCUUUGAAACUCCAGUAGUCCUCCAUUCGUCGUUGGCGUUUGCAUAUGCGUGCUUGUAACUCAAAGGAAAACACAAUGCAGCAUGUGCCUGCUGGGUUGUGUUUAUCUUCACUGUAUUUGGGUUGAUGAUGUUUGGCAGAGCUUCUAUUGCUUCUGAUUAA